UGUGGGUAGGUGCUUUCGUGCAGUAUGGCGGACGAUGGGGACAGUUCGAGUGGACCAGUUGACGCAAGUGGCGGGCAAGGGACAACAGAUGAGUCGGAAGGACUCAGUCUUGGAGCGAUGUUGUUGAAUUUCAGUAUUUUAGUUAUAAUAGUUGGGGUCUGUUAUGUAGUUUAUCGGCGAUGGGGUAGACGAAUCGGUGCUGACGCGGCCCAGGCAAGCGAGGCCUCUUCUCUUCCCAAGAUGAGAAGACGUGAUUUCACUUUAGAACAACUAAGUGAAUACGAUGGACUUCAGAACCCCCGAAUCUUGAUGGCAGUGAAUAUGAAAGUCUUUGAUGUUACCACCGGCAAAAAGUUUUAUGGACGAGACGGCCCUUAUGGGAUCUUCGCUGGCCGGGACUCAUCCAGAGGGCUGGCGACUUUCUGCCUUGAGAAAGAUGCUCUUAGGGACGAGUAUGAUGAUCUGUCUGACCUAAACGCAGUACAGAUGGAGAGUGUCAGAGAGUGGGAGAUGCAGUUCAUGGAGAAGUAUGAUUACGUGGGCCGGCUGCUGAAGCCGGGGGACGAGCCGUCUGAGUACACCGAUGAGGAGGACAUCAAGGACCACCUGAAACAUGACUGAGCUGAGCGCCUGCCUACCAGAGCCAGGACCCAAACAGCUGCAACAGCCUCCCCAGGCCUCCCCGGGCCUCCCCUCCUGCCUCACCCUAUCCCUGUCAGGAUCAGCAGCUGUUCUGGACAGACUGUCUCUCCAGGCCCUGGUGCCUACCGUAGACCUCCAUCUUUCAGAUUACCACCAACAGAAAAAGAUCAUGACAAACUGUUAAUGGGGGAUUUUAAUGACAAUAACACGUCUGGGAUUUGAGCUUAACGUAUAUUGAAAAAGGAAAACAAAGACAAAACCAUUUUACCGUUUUUUUUUCUGGGGAUGUCACAGUUGUAUUAAUGUGAAGCAACCAUUAUGGUUGUCACAGUGAUGGGUGGAGCUUGUGGGUCUUGACAGUCAUAAUACAUUGGUCGAGGAGUGAGAUCGGGAACUUGUUUCGUUCUGACACACCCUUCACCUCAAAUGCUUUAGCAUUCGAUUUGGGAGCUUAUCAAUCAAUCAAUUAAUCGUUUGCCUAUUGGAAUUCUUUUUCUUUUCUUUUUUGUGAAAGAAUAAAAUCUAAAUGUUUCCCACUUGGAAAGGCAGUGCAGUGGCCUAACCAGAGGUCCUGGGAGGGAAGUCACCUUUUCCUGUUGUGUCUGUAGUGUGUGCACUACUAGUUAUCUCUGGUUGUAGUGUAUGCACUACUAGUUAUCUCUGGUUGUAGUGUAUGCACUACUAGUUAUCUCUGUUUGUCACCAUGUGAUUGUAUGUGUGGGCUAGCACAGUGGGGAGGAUGGGAGGGUUAAAGGUCAUUGCCAUAAAAAUAUAUUUUGAAUAACUUCAGACCAGUUGAUUGGGCAAACAAAGGGAAGGUCAAAUGACAGUUUUAAUCAAUCAGCUGUUUACAUGCCUCUCAAGUCAGCUACAAGUCUGUAGAACCCCCCAACAUGGUCAAAGUAUUAAUUGUGCCUUAUUUUGUUUGUUUUAUACAACUUAAAUCCUGACCAGUCAAAAUGAGGCAGGACGUUGGAUAACCAUCUCUUCAUGAUUUUGUUUCAUGGAAGUGUUUGUGAAGAGGCUUCCCAUACUAGGUCUGCAGACUAGAAGAGGGUUUCCAGACUAGAUCUGCAGACUAGAAGAGGGUUUCCAGACUAGGUCUGCAGACUAGAAGAGGGUUUCCAGACUAGAUCUGCAGACUAGAAGAGGGUUUCCAGACUAGGUCUGCAGAUAAGAAGAGGGUUUCCAGACUAGGUCUGCAGACUAGAAGAGGGUUUCCAGACUAGAUCUGCAGACUAGAAGAGGGUUUCCAGACUAGGUCUGCAGACUAGAAGAGGGUUUCCAGACUAGGUCUGCAGACUAGAAGAGGGUUUCCAGACUAGGUCUGCAGACUAGAAGCGGCUUUGCAGACUAGAAGAGGCUUUCCAGACUAGGUAUGCAGACUAGAAGGCAUGCUUUCAUCAGUCCAAUCACAAGCAGGCAUAUUCCCCAUGACAACCCUGUAUAUAGAGCGUACAAAGUACUCAGUGUUACUGCCAUAUUUAUGUAGUUGGUGAACUCCAUGCUGUGUUGUAUUGGCCAGAAGCCCCAGUGGUUUAUGCUUUUCCUUUCCAUGGUUUCUUUACUGAAGUUCUUUUUAAAUGUGGGUGAAUUUCGGAAAAGAACGUUAAAAGUGCUGCGGGUGGGAUGGGGUUUGGAUAGGUUCCUAUUUGGUAAGAACAAUUGCUUAUCUUGUAAAUAUAUCAUUUUAUUAAAGCAUGUGCAACAAUUGUGAGCUAUGCUGCAUUCCCGCCAUGUCAUGUAUUUACGGUAAAUGUUGGGUGUGUGUUCACGCGCCAGAGACAGGAAGGGAUUUGUUCAUGCAUAAUAAACUGAUUUGGUUAAUAA